CUCCGCCUAUGGCAUCUUAAUCAUUCAAAUCUGGGAAGAAGCCAUGAGCGGUGUCUUCGGCCACGUUUUUAGAGGUGAUAUAUCAAAGAGUACGCCGUAUGAUGGGCAUUCACAGCAAAUGUUAACCGAAUUAUCCAAUGUUGACCAAGUGAGUGAGGAUGCCCAACCUCAACCUCCCCCCCGACUUCUGAAAGCAAAACGCAAGGCGGCACCUUUAGUCCAACCUCAAUCCCCGCCUAGACGUCUGAACGCAAAACGCAAGAGAGUGCCUCGAGUUAGGCCCAAGAAACCUAGUAAGACCUUGACAAAGAAACGUGCAACAGGGGCCCCAAUAUCUAGCAAUGGAGAGGACAGACCCUUACCAGGCACGAAUGAUGAAGCUACGGGACCGCGUUCUCGUAAGCCAAGGGGCCCCACAGCUCCGAAAAUCAGAUUCAGUAAGGAGGAAGAUAGUCUCUUACAAAAUCUCUCGAAAUCUGACAAAAAUUGGACUGAAAUCGCCGAUUAUAUGAACAAUCAACUGGGCACAAAUCGCAACUACAAGGCUGUGAGGAAUAGGGCUUCGAUAUUGGACCCUUUGAAGCCAAAAGGCCCUUUAUCAAAGAAAUUUGCCUACACCGACGAGCAGGAUGAAUUUUUGAGAGACCAAUUGAAGCAAGCCAAAUCUCUGGCGGAGGUUGCCAUUAGCAUGGAUGAUAAAUUUGGCACAAAUCGCACCGUAGGGGCUUUGGACAUGAGACGACGAGCGUUGGGAAUCGAUUUUGUGCGUCCUUUUGCGGACAAAUACAAACGGUGGACCGAGGAGGAAGAUGCUAUUUUGAUCGAAGCGUGUCAGCAAUAUCCCAAAUGGCGCGACAGGUUGUCCCACUUUGAGACGCUCUCCGGGACGAGUCGAUCGCUCGUUAGCGUAGUGUCAAGAGCGGGGGGCCUUGGCUUGACUUUUGAGAAGGCAAGCGUAUGGAGCAAAGAGGAGACCGAUUUUCUGGUCGAAUUGAAAUCCAAUUGCGAUAAUUGGGAUGAAAUCUUGUCUCGAUUUCAUCGAAGAUUCGGCACCAGUCGAAGUCUGAAUGCACUCCAAUCGAGGGUCAGAAAAAGCGAGACCGCAAAAUAAAUAAUUACAUACAUUCAGCAAUAUGGGCACCCAAUCGGGCUCAUCAAAUCCUGCUUUUGUAGGCGUAUAAUUCAAUGCGUAUGGCUGUUGGAAGUUUUCUCGGUCUCGGGUUUUCUGUCCUCCCCUCGGGAACAUACCUAA